AUGUUGUCUCUCCUUAGUCUUGCUGCAAUUGCGUUCGUCAUUGCUACUGUACAGAUUUAUCGGCUAACAAAGUACUCAAUUCCCAAAGGCGCGAAGCCGCUCCCUGGCCCUAAAGGGAAACCAAUUGUGGGCAGCGCCAAUGACUUGAAGAAAGGCGAAAGAGGUUACUUCUGGUUCAAAUUUACAGAAUGGGGUGAAGAAUUUGGGCAUAUAUACCAGUACAAAGCGUUCGGGAAAGUGAAUGUCGUGGUUGGGACUGAGAAGAUUGCCAAUGACCUUCUCCGUGAGAGGGGAGACAUUUACAGCUCCCGCGAACAGCUGCCCAUGGGCUCACAACUGUUGAGCGACAACAAGAAAGCUCUCUUCUUACCUUAUGGCGAUGAGUGGCGUCGGGUCCGCAAACUUCAGCAUCAUGUCACUCAGGUCAAAGCAGCUACAUCUUACCAACCCCUUCAGAUGCAGGAGUCUGCUCGUCUCGUCCGUGACCUGGUACGGCAGCCGAAGAGAUAUAGAACUCUCUUCCAGCGGUAUGCAUCAGCUCUAAUCCUGCGUCUCACCUAUGGUGCGAGAAUUGAAACAGGAGAGGAAGAUAUUGUCCGACUGGUGUACGAAAAUCAACUCAACGUUGAGCGAGUGUCCGCCCCUGGUCAGUAUCUGGUUGAUCUGCUCCCAGUGCUACUUUGGGUACCUACGUGGCUAGCUCCAUUCAAAAAAGAGGCCGCUGCGCACCGCAAACGCGAAGUGUCGCUUUUCAGUGGUCUAGUCAAUAAUGUGGAAAGAGAGGUUGAAAAAGGUGAGGCUGGACCAAGCUUCACCCGAAUGUGGUUGAAGAACAAGGAAAAGUUCGGCCUUUCAGACCUCCAGGGUACAUAUGUCCUCGGGGGUUUAUAUUCGGCCGCUGCUUCGACCACAGCGUCUUUGGCCAUGAGUUGGGUGCUACUGAUGGUGCUUAACCCAGAAUGGCUUGUUCUUAUGCAAGAGGAGCUUGAUCGUGUCGUGGGUUCGGAUCGCCUCCCAGUUUUCGAUGACUUACCACAGCUGCCAACUGUUAGAGCAGUCGUCAAGGAAGUGGCAAGAAUGAGGCCAGUGACCGCUGGUGGCAUUCCGCACAAAACUACAGCUGAUGACAUUUACAACGGUUUCUUUAUUCCAAAAGGAAGCAUGAUUCACCCAAAUCUAUGGGCCAUACAUCACGACCCAGAAUUGUAUCCUGAUCCUUACAAAUUCAAUCCCAACAGAUGGCUCGAUCCAACAUUCCCGACAUAUCGAGAGCCACUCACCCAGUAUCCCAAUAUGAACAACUAUUCGGUGUUCGGAUUUGGACGUCGCCUUUGUCCAGGCGCUCAUAUUGCGGAAAGAAGCCUGAAUAUCAUCGUUGCACGAGUUGGCUGGGCUUGCAACAUCAGUAAGAGCAUCGACCCGGACACCGGAAAGGAAAUCACUCCUCCGGAUUAUGACUAUGUUCGAGGUUUUGUUACCGCUGCCGUGGUUGAAAGCCUUGAGCUUACACAGUCAGAUGCGUACCAAUGGGCGGAACAGCGAUGUGCUGAGCCAUUCGUGGCGAACUGGCGGAAGACAUGGCAACGUUUAUACGAAGAACCAUACAAGGGCAUCACAACUGAUGGAUGUUUAAUACCCAAUGUACAUCACCUGGCAAGACUCAACGAAGACCACGGCGCGCCUACCGCAGAAAUGGUACGAGCAGCCAAACGACUAAUUUCUGCGGCGAAUCCCCAGCAGCGUCAGAGUCUACAGAUCACGGCUAUUGACUCCCCCGAAUGGCGCGCAUGGAUGAACCCGGAGAUCUACAUCUCGCGCCACGGCGUCCGGUUAGAAGAGUCAUCAGAUGCCUUCGUCGAGGCGGCACACGGCUUGAUGCGCGCCAGUUUGUCCGAAGCCGGAUAUCAAAAAGCGUACGGGUGCAUGAAAGUCAACCACUAUCUUGGCCAAAUAGUCAAUGGCGAGAAGGUGCUCAACGUGCGUUCGUACAACAUCACCAUCUUUGGUGCGCCUUCCGAGACAGAGCCAUGGGGAUGGCAGAUCUUCGGCCACCACUUCGACAUGAAUUGUUUCGUGCUCAAGACUCAGAUGGUAGUGACGCCUGUCUUUAUGGGUGCCGAACCCAACGUCAUUGAUGACGGACCAUAUGCUGGAACCGAGCUGUUCACAGACCAAGAACAAACUGCUCUUGCCCUGAUCAAUUCAAUCGCGGAAGGGGUCGAUCCUAAGGUAGCAAUUGAUCAAGUACGAGUAUACAAGCAGCUUCAAGGACCGGAAUAUCCAGAGGGGCGAUACCAUCCGGCCGAUCAGCGUCACCUGGGCGGUGCUUUUCAUGACAAUCGUGUCAUCCCAUAUGAAGGCGUCAAGGUCAGUAUCCUAUCAAUACCACAACAGGAUCUGGUUAGGCGCCUGAUUACCCUGAGCGUCAAUUACCUGCCCGAUAGAGCUCUCGCAGCAAAGAUGAAAGAGGCCCAAGCCUAUUGGACCGAAACCUACUUUUGCUGGAUUGGGGCUCUCAAUCGUGAGGACGGCUUCUACUACAAGAUACACUCGCCUGUGGUCAUGGUCGAGUUUGAUCACCAUUCUGGCGUUUUUCUGAACAAUGCACUACCUUUGCCGUUUCAUAUUCAUACUUUGGUGAGAACACCCCAGGGAAAUGACUAUGGCAAGGCACUGCUAUCACAGUACCGAGAACAUCAGUCAUAG